AUGGCACUCAGUUCUAGGGCGUCUGUAAUUGCUUGUAGUGCCUGUGAUGGGGAAAGCCUUGGCUCGGAGAGAGUGCGAAUGCGACUGCUCGGCAUGUCAGACGUGGAAAGUUCUCGGGGAGGCUCCACGCCACAGCCCCCUGGCCUCUCCUUGCCUGGAGGGUCCUCGCCCACCCCGAAGGCGGCGCCCUCCCACCGCUCCCCCGCCCCUGGCCCCGGCUCUCCCACUGGCAAGAGAAAGGUGUCCAUAGCUUCGUCCGUGGCCUCAGGAGCUUCGUUGGCUUCACUGCUCACGAAGCUUCACCAGCCUCCCGCCACGAGUCUUUCACUUGAAGGGAAACUCAAAGUGAGGGCGACGCUAGACUGUGGCAGCGACGUCCUCUCGUGCAAGUUCUCUCCCGACGGAGCCACGAUAGGUGUGGCGCUGAGGUCAGGCCAGGUCAGGUUCUUCAGCCAGGCAGGAGCUUUGUCCCAUACACUUCAGUUCCGUAGCCGCCUACCAGUACAGAGGAAACUAUAUCCACGCACAACACAGAUUUCUACUAAGAUUACGGUAAAGGGCAAGAUAAUAAGCCCAUCGCCGGCCUCUGAGUGUCACGUGUCCCGGCAGCUCGCGGAGUCGGACGGCGAGGCAGCAGCGCCAGCGACGUCUCUCAUUUGGAUGCCGGGGGGCCAGCCCGACGCCGUCCUCGCCACGUAUGCUGAUGGGCAGGUGGUGUCCUGGUGUGGGCGCAGCGUGGGCGUUGUGUGCAAGGAUGGGGGCGUGGACGUAAGGGCGGCACUUGUGGGCGGACUGGACAACCAGGUCGUGACCUUCACUCGAAGUCAGGUCAACAUUCGGGAUGUGAAUAGCCUCUGCUCCGUAACGACCAUGGAUCAAGAGAUGGGCGGCCACUUGAUCGGGCGGGGCGCUCUGUGGGCGGUAACAGGUCGCGGGCGGGAGAUUGUAGGAGGAGGCAGCGGUCUGACUUGGUGGGACGCCCGCACAAGUGCCUCCACCCGCAGCGUGGGCGGGGUACAAGUUCGCGGGCCCGCCCUCGCCUGGCACCCCAACGCAAAUAAAAUGGUAUCGGGCAGCUGGGGCGGCGGCGGAGACAGCGUCAAGGUGUGGGAAGCGUCUUCCGCCAAAACGACGCACGUGCUGUACUCCGACGCCGCGAACACCUCCGUAUACACCACAACCUGGGUAGGGAAGGAGGUGGUGCUGGUGGGGGGAGGAGACCCCAAUCUACUGAGGCUGGCAACUCUUGAUAACACUACCGUGGGCGUGAUGCGAGGGAUACGAGCUCCUGUGUGGGCGGUGGACGCCUACAUGGGCCGAGGUCACCAAGGGACGCGUAUUGGCGUGGCUUCAGGGACGACCUUGUACAUUCUGGACGUUCUGAAGUGA